AUGUCUGAGGACUUGAACAUCCUGUCCUCGUCCAUCAACAGGGAUGGCAACGAGCUGCAGGAGAUGACAGAUAAAGAACAACAAGGACAACCUCUCAGAAUCGUCUCCCCCAUGUCUCCUGCUAGGCUUCACUGCUGCUAUGCAGUGAUCAUCGUCCUCACUGGAGCUGUGAUUGCACUUUCUGUUGCUUUGUCAUUGUCAGUGAGAAAGGAAGAAAAGGCCAUUGUGAGUCCUGAAGCUGGCAAUGGGACCUGCCCAAGAGACUGGAUUGGAUUUGGAAGUAAAUGUUUUUAUUUUUCUGAACGCACAAGUAACUGGACAUCCAGCCAGACCUCCUGCAUGGAGAUGGGGGCCCAUCUAACUCACUUUGACAGUCUGGAGGAGCUGAAUUUCCUGAAUAGAUUCAAGGGGGAUUCUGCAGCCUGGAUCGGCCUGCACAGAGAGUCAUCAGAGCAUCCUUGGAUGUGGACAGACAACACUGAAUAUAACAACUUGUUUCCCACCCGAGGAGAAGGAGAACAUGCCUACCUUAGUGACAGUGGGAUCAGCAGUGGCAGGAACAACAUACAUAGGAGGUGGAUUUGUAGCAAACCCAGCAGCUAUACUUUACAGUGUCCAGUCAUCUCACAGCUUGUGUAGACUGUGUCAAAGCAGUUAUGAGAGCCCUGUAACAUGUUAUCUACAGCUGCAGCCUCAUUUCUUUAUCUUAUAAAAUUAUCAAAAUCAACACCUAAUCUGUGGUGACAUCAG